AUGCGCUUUAGAUGUUCGGGAGACGUCGGGAGUCUUUCGGAUGCCAAAAGCAUUCGAAUGCUGGUUGAUUCAUUCUUCGGUCGCACGUACAACAAUUUGUCAUCAAUAUCGGAAUGCAAAAACAACGGCGAGUGUGUCAUCAAUAAGAAAAACCGAACCGCUUGCAAGGCGUGUCGACUUCGCAAGUGUUUGGUGGUUGGAAUGUCCAAAAGUGGAUCUCGAUAUGGCCGCCGGUCGAAUUGGUUCAAAAUCCAUUGUUUACUACAGGAGCAACAGGCUCAAAAGAAUAGUAAUAACAACAAUAACAACAGCCUUACCAGCAACAAUAACGACACAAGUAGCAGCAUUAAUAAUAGCAGUAGCAACAACAACAACAGCAACAGUAUAAGUCACAAUAACACUGCGGGACUGCUGCCGAACGGAUUCCUGCCGGCCAAUUUUCUUUCGAAUCUCUGCACCAACAACAACAAUAACAACAACGUACCGCUGAAAAAGGAAAUCAAAAGACCCAGUUCCCCCAGUGACUCCGGUGCCUCUUCAGCGGACCCCGAAGACAGUCCCGUGUUUAGAGAUCCUUUCGCUGGCAGCAUUCACGCUGUCUCUCCUAAGGUUGAAGUUCCCGAAGUGACGCUUACCAAGAUCAGUCCCAAGGUCACCCGAACCCCAUCGUCGUCAUCGUCCUCAACGAUAACCACCACCGACAGCUUUCGGCCGGCACUGGACCGGAUGUCACCGUUUCUUUCGCACCACGGGCCCUACCGACCGGAAGCCACGCCAUACUUCCCGAUGCCUUUCGCUAUCCCGCCGGUCUCGCUAGCGUUGAUUGCAAGCGGAAAGCGCGACCACGAGCAACAGGAGCCGAUUGAUUUAUCAAUCAAAUCAAAAUCGUCCUGUUCCUCGGGCUCUCCUCCACUCAGGCCGAGUUCGUCGUCGCCAUCUGCAGUUGAAAUCAGUGACUCGAGGGACCACGUCUUGGCGGAAGCGGGCGUUUCCCGGCCGGUCCCGUUGGACUUGACAUUCGUGCGAUCGAAACGGUUAUCCGGGUGA